AUGGAAACUAAGUUUUUGGGGAAGAGAAAUAUUUUCUAUAGUCCAGUAGUAUCUGAUUUAAAGGCUGUGGGGAAGAAGAACAUGGAGUGGGAUUUGAAUGACUGGAAAUGGGAUGGUGAUUUGUGUACCGCCACUAGGAGUGGGCAGUUGUUUCCUGUUGAACCAGAUAAUCGAGCUAAUAAUAAUGGUGCAUUGGAUGGAGGGGAUGAAAUGAUGUUGGGAAAUGAGAGAGGAAAGAGGGAAUUGGAGAAAAGGAGGGUUAUUGAUAUUGAAAAUGGAGAGGUGAAUGAUGAGAGUGGAUCUCUUAAUCUGAAUCUUGGGGGACAAGUAUUUCCCAUCACACAAGGGGGUGGGGAUAUAGAUAAAUGGGAAGUGAAGAGUGGGAAGAAGAGUAAAAUUGCUGGUGCAUUGACUAAUUGUGCAGUUUGUCAAGUAGAGGAUUGUAGAGCAGAUUUGAGCAAUGCCAAAGAUUAUCACCGUCGGCAUAAAGUGUGUGACGUGCAUUCUAAGGCCACCAAAGCUUUGGUGGGAAAUGUUAUGCAGCGAUUCUGUCAGCAAUGCAGCAGGUUUCAUGUGCUUCAAGAGUUUGAUGAAGGCAAACGGAGUUGUCGUAGACGUUUAGCAGGUCACAACAAGAGGAGGAGGAAGACGCAUCCAGAGAAUGCAGCUAAUGGAUCCUCUUUAAAUGAUGAGCGGGGUAGUAAUUAUUUAUUAAUUAGUCUACUGAGGAUACUCUCCAAUAUACAAUCCAGCUCAGAUCAAACAAAGGAUCAGGAUCUGCUCCCUCAUCUUUUGAGGAACCUUGCCAAUCUUGCUGGGCCAAUUAAUGAGAGUGACACAUCUGGGUUGCCACCUAUUGCGACUGCAGAAAAGGACCCUCCUUUGGCCGUUGGGCAAUGCAUGAAAAUACCUGCUUCUGGUGUGAGAGAAAAUAGAAUGCUUACUAAUAAUGCUCAAGAUGGUGUUCUACAGAAAGAAUCUUCAUUUUUGUUGCCAAGGAAAGGAAGUAAUUCAACCGAAGCAAAUGCUUCAGAUUCGGCGGUGGGAAAGGCAAAACCAACUACCUUUGACUUAAAUAAUGUCUAUGAUGAUUCUCAAGACCAUGUGGAGAAUCUACUGGACCCUGUUGCUCCUUUAUGUUUAUAUACAGACCCUCACACGUCUAUCGCAACUCAAAAUAGUGGAAACUCAGGUUCCACAUCCACCCAGUCACCAUCUACUUCCAGUGGGGAGGCACGGAGUCGCACAGAUCGAAUUGUUUUUAAACUCUUUGGGAAAGAUCCAAGUGAAAUUCCUCUUGCCCUACGAAAACAAAUUCUUGACUGGUUAUCGCACAGUCCUAGUGAUAUUGAGAGCUACAUUAGACCUGGUUGCAUCAUACUGACAAUAUAUCUGCGAAUGGAUAAAUCUACUUGGGAGGAGCUUUACUGUGAUCUAAGUUCCAGUUUGAGGAGGCUUGUUGAUUCAUCUACUGAUUCAUUUUGGAGAACAGGAUGGAUUUAUACUCGAGUGAGGCAUCGUGUUGCGUUUCUAUAUAAUGGUCAGGUUGUUCUAGACACGCUCUUACCACUUAAUAACCAUAGAAGUUGCAGGAUAUCAAGUAUCAAGCCAAUUGCGGUUCCUGUCUCAGAGGAUGUUCAAUUUUUCGUUAAAGGCUUCAACUUGUCUCUCUCCACUGGGAGGUUACUAUGUGCACUAGAAGGGAAGUAUCUAGUCCAGGAAAGUUGUGCUAAUGUGACAGGAGAAGCAGAUUCACUAAUUGAACAUGAUGGGAUGCAGUCCCUUAGGUUCCCCUGCAUUAUACCCAGUUUCACAGGAAGGGGAUUUAUUGAGGUUGAGGAUCAUGGUCUUAGUAGCAGCUUCUUUCCAUUCAUUGUUGCAGAGAAGGACGUCUGUUCUGAAAUUUGUACGCUGGAGAGAAUAAUUGAGGCCUCUGAAGUUGCUAAUGGCAUUGAGGGAGAUACUGAUAAACUGAAUGCUAGAAACCAAGCUUUGGACUUUAUACAUGAAAUGGGUUGGCUUCUCCAUAAAACUCACUUAAAGUUCAGGUUGGGUGAAAGCAAUGUCAACAUGGAUCUAUUUCCUUUCAGACGGUUCAGGUGGCUCAUCGAGUUCUCUGUUGAUCAUGAUUGGUGUGCAGUUGUUAGAAAACUAUUGGGUAUUCUAUUUGGUGGCAAUGUGGAUCCAGGGCAACACAAGUCAGUUGUGCUUGCAUUGAUGGAUAUUGGCCUUCUUCAUCGAGCUGUGCGGAGAAACUGUAGGUCCAUGGUAGAACUCCUAUUAAGAUACCAUCAAGAUGAAUUUUUGAACAAAUCAGGAUCCAUACAUAAGCAACGUGAUGAGGACUCAUAUAUAUUUAAGCCUGAUGCAGUGGGUCCUGGGGGAUUGACUCCUCUUCACAUAGCAGCUAGUCUAGAAGGCUGUGAGAAUGUCUUAGAUGCAUUAACUGAAGAUCCUGGAUUGGUGGGAAUUGUAGCAUGGAAGGGCGCUCGAGACAGUACAGGCUUAACGCCCUAUGACUAUGCAUGUUUCCGUGGUCAUUUCACGUAUAUUCAUCUCGUCCAAAGGAAAAUCAACACGAAAGCAGGAACUGGACAUGUUGUUGACAUUCCCAGUACUCUUUUAGAUGGUAGUAGCAUCAAGCACAAAGCGCCAAGUGAUGCAGAAAAAUCAGCUGCUGCCUUUGAAAUCGAAAGGGGCGUAGGAAGAGCAAAUGAGAUACAAUGCAGGCAGUGUGAGCAGAAACUGGGUUAUGGAAGGUCGUCAAGAUCAUCACUGGCAAUUUAUCGACCGGCGAUGCUUUCUAUGGUUGCGAUUGCAGCAGUUUGUGUAUGUGUAGCUUUGCUAUUCAAAAGCUCACCUAAAGUUCUUUAUGUGUUCCAACCCUUCAGGUGGGAACAAUUGAAGUAUGGAUCAAGCUAA